UGCGUCUUGUCAGCUGGAUUUUUCAACAGGAAGAAGAACAUCAGGAAACGUCAGCAAACAGAAAUGGCUACAGGAGUGGAUCAAGCAGUUGGCAUGAGUCUAGUUGUCUUCAGCCUGCUGCUGUUUACAUACUACUCUGUCUGGGUCAUUAUUCUGCCUUUCGUGGACAGUGAUCAUGUACUGCAUAAAUAUUUUCUUCCUCGGGAGUACUCAGUCAUCCUGCCUGGUAUUGCAGCAGUAAUACUGCUCCUCUGUAUAGGGACCUUCACUGCAGUGGUAAUGUGGAAGAAUCGUAAGCCAAAGAAAGUGGACUGAUCUCAGGAUGUUUGUGUGACUGCUGUGGAUUGAAGUGUAAAAUCUGCCAUGAUGCUAAACCCUCUCUGUUGGCCCUACAAGUAAAAUCAUACCUCCAUUCUCUGACAAUGGUUACUGAACAGCCACUUACAGAAAUCUGUUUUUCGAAAAGGAAAUUUCCGGAGAUUUAUUUUAGAUUUUGAUUCCGUUAUCAGUUCAGUUCAAGAUGAUAACUAGAAAUCAGCUACUGUCGGUUAAAGCUACUAUUUGUGAAAUUUUAAAAUCUUCAACUUCAGUACCCCUGAGUGGGAGUAAAGAAAAACAAGCUAAGAGUGAAUUUUCUGAAAGAAAAACUCAGACUGCAACAAUGACAAUAACUUUAAAGAUCACGCAAAAAGAUUUGACACCUAGUAAUUUAGCUUUGUCCAAAGCUUUUGAGGUUGCUCAGUGAAUCAGUUUUUAUGACUGUUCUGCAGUGUUUAGAUCUGUCGCUGUGUUAUGUCCUCUAGUAAGCAGUGGACGGUGUUAACAGGAAUUCAUUAGCUGACGGUUUAUAUUAAUGCUAUAUUUAAUAGACCAAAAGGAUAUAAUCCAGCUACUGCAAAUUGAGAGCUUGUGUCAGUAUCUUCAACUCAGUGGACUGAUGUCACUCCUACGUGUUCAGUUCACAUCGGCCCAAAUUUAAGACCACCCUGAUUAUAAGAAGACACCCCCUGUGGCAGUUACACAUGUUACAUGAGCUGUGGGAAACUCCUGCACGUUUGACUGAGCUCACUAAACACUGUGAGAGCUGAUUAACCCUACAAGAUGCACUUACAGUCCUGCGGACUUGAGGGAACUGGUUAGCUCAGCAAGAUUAAAGGAUUAAAGUCCAGAAAUAUCAGUAAACAUGAUCAGCUCUCUCCCAAAUCCAAAAACUAGAGUGCUAAAACUCAAAUUUGUGAUGCCUUCAAGUAUAAAGUCUAGAACUGCUUCAUAGACAAUCAAUGGUGAAAGAUGUUCUAGAUGACACUGAGAGCACCCAAAGGAAUGUUGUGAGUACAUGAGAACAUUUUCUUUGUCAGAACUGAAAACACUACAACAGAAUAAAACACAUUUGUGUUUUAAAAAAGUAAAACAUGUUUGCGUCCAUGAAAUCAGGCUCCUAGUCAUUGUCUGUGGAGCAGCUCUAGACUUUAUACCCUAUGACAUCACAAGUUAGAGACUUCCUUUUCUGGUUUCUGGCUCUGAGAGAAAGUAGAUCAUGUUCACAAAUAUUAAUUAAACCUUACUAGACCAUGGCAAUAACAUUUGAAUUCUAAAUGGAGGUGGUGUUCUCCUGUAAGGCCUCAAACCUCCCAUAGUGCCCACUCUCUGUAGGAGCCAGUGUAACUCUCUUCAUUCUUUAAGAAAAUCUAAUGCUGUGGAUAUGUAACUGUCCUGUCUUCAAAUAUAAGAUGACCCACACUAUGUAAAACAUUAAUUUCCAGAAUUAAUAUUAUUUGGGCCGAUACUGUAGUGAACAGUAAUAUAGCAGGAUGGACGGAGGUGGCAUAUGUGUCACUUUGGGGGAAAAAAUACAGAUUUUUGACUUUGUGGAAAGCAGCAUGGGUCUUAAAUUCUGUAUAUACUGUGACAACGUGUCCAUUUUUGUAGUGUGUGAAAGUGUGUAUGAUGUUAAUUGUAAAUAGUUUUGGAAUCAAAGCAGCAUUUUGUCCUCCGGAGUAAAGCUUGUUGGUCCUUUUUAAUAAAAUGGUAAUGCUGGGAAA